AUGGCGCAGCCCCAGACCAUCUACCCUCAGUCCCACGUCGGUUUCGACAGCAUCACGUCCCAGAUCGAGAAGAAGCUGUUGAAGCGUGGCUUCCAGUUCAAUGUCAUCUGCGUCGGCCAGACAGGUUUGGGCAAGUCCACCCUGAUCAACACCAUCUUCGCCUCCCACCUCAUCGACUCCAAGGGUCGCAUGAUGCCCGAUGAGCCCGUCCGCUCCACCACCGAGAUCCAGGCCGUGUCUCACAUGAUCGAGGAGAACGGCGUCCGUCUGCGCCUCAACAUUGUCGACACCCCCGGUUACGGAGACCUGGUCAACAACGACCGCUGCUGGGACCCCAUUGUCAAGUACAUCAAGGAUCAACACUCCGCGUACUUGCGCAAGGAGCUCACCGCCCAGCGUGAGCGCUAUAUUCAGGACACCCGCAUCCACUGCUGCCUCUUCUUCAUCCAGCCCUCAGGCCACUCCCUGAAGCCCAUUGAUAUCGUCGUCCUGAAGAAGCUCUCCGAUGUCGUCAACGUCGUUCCCGUUAUUGCCAAGUCCGACACCCUCACCCUCGAGGAGCGCCAGGAGUUCAAGGAGCGCAUCAAGGAGGAGUUCGCCUUCCACAACCUCAAGAUGUACCCCUACGACAACGAUGAGUUUGAUGAGGAGGAGCGUGGUCUCAACACUCAGAUCAAGGACCUGGUCCCCUUCGCUGUUGUUGGCUCCGAGAAGUCCAUCAUCGUCAACGGCAAGCAGGUCCGUGGCCGCCAGAACCGCUGGGGCGUGAUCAACGUCGAGGACGAGAACCACUGCGAGUUCACCUAUCUGAGAAACUUCCUGCUCCGCACCCAUCUCCAGGACCUCAUUGAGACCACAUCUCAGAUCCACUACGAGACUUUCCGUGCCAAGCAGCUUCUGGCCCUGAAGGAGAGCAGCGCACACGGCGGUGGCAGCAGACCCAUCAGCCCUGCCGCCGACCGGGAAAUCAGCCGGAGCUCGCAACGAAUGACCAUGAACGGAUACUAG